UGAAAAUAAAGCUAAGAGGAAGAGCAUUAGCAGGAGGCAGCUGAGAACUUGUACAAUCUUGCUACAGUUUUUACUUUUAAUGCGGUCGUUAUUUCACAACUGAUUUAACAAAUUGUGUUUUUUUUGCAUCAAAGCAGCGUUUUUCUUUAGUCAAGUGUUAGCAUCAGCUAUCUAACGACACCGUGUGUUCGACAGCUAACGGUUAGCUCAUUUACUAGCUUUUAAGCAAAUGUUUCCCAGAUCAAGUUCUGUUUGAGCGUUUUUACCUUAAAUACAACAAGCUACCGGUUCAGUUUUCCUGAACCUUUACCUCCUCUGUAUCAGUGUAGACUGUUAGACGGUAAAGAGCAGCUGGGUUGGAAGAAUCUGAGGAGUUAUGGCGGACCCUGCUCGGAUAAAAACAGAAGGUUCAUUUAAAAAAGAGGGCUUUAUCAAAGAGGAGAAUCCGAAGACAGAACAUGAACCUGUUCCGGAGACUUCUGCAGAGACCUCUGCAGAUGACAGCAAAGAGCCGUCUACGCAGGAUCAUCUCAAAGAUUUGAAGACUGAAACUGAAACGGCGGCAGCAGCAGACGAUGAGGAAGAGGGAACCUCCGGUCAGCCUUCCUCUAAGCGACUCAAGGUGGAGCCAGAAAAGAAAAAAGAGAAGCGCCACAAGGUCGACGAGGAUGAAAUACAAAAGAUGCAGGUUUUGGUGUCAUCGUUUUCUGAAGAGCAGCUCAAUCGCUAUGAGAUGUACAGACGUUCCGCCUUCCCAAAGGCUGCCAUUAAGAGGCUAAUCCAGUCUAUAACCGGGUCAUCAGUUUCCCAGAAUGUGGUUAUUGCCAUGUCUGGUAUCGCCAAGGUUUUUGUCGGGGAGAUUGUUGAGGAAGCUCUGGAUGUUUGCGAGAAAUGGGGAGACACGCCACCACUUCAGCCUAAACACCUGAGGGAAGCAGUUAGGAGGCUGAAGAGUCGAGAUCAGAUUCCCAACUCCAAAUACAAGCACAUCUUGUUUCACUGAGCCACUCCAGCUGCGGGAUGAACGAGGACGUUGGUGAUAUUUAAAACCGCUGUGGGAAAAUCUCUGACUCAUCCAGAGGCUGCUCACAAUUAUUGAUGGAGCUCGGUAUCUGUAAAUGUACAUUGCUGGAAGGCUCUAUGUAUUAAGUUAAAUACUCGUUGAAACAUGUAAAUAUAAGUUUUAUAUCUUUUUCUUUUUACUACUCUUUGGUUAAUAUGUGGGUGGUAAGUUCAGCUGCCGGCAAAUCUAUUUGCAGCCCUUUAACUUUUUCGCAUUGUCAUGUUACAAGCGCAAACUGAAAUUGAGUUAUAUUUCUAAUUUUAUUAAUUUGUGAUCAACACUUAGGAGGUAAUUGUCAAAUGAAAAUAAAAUAAUUUUUUUAACAAAGUUGGAUGUGUGCAUACAUUUGAAGCAUGGACUUUGACUAGGCCAUUCUUAAACAAGAAUAUGCUUUAAUCGAAACCGAGAGUAUCAAACUCCAGUCCUCCUGUCUUUACAUUUUUAGAUGAGGGCUUGGUGCAAGUGUGCCCAUAGCAUGAUACUGCCAUCCCCAUGUUUCACCGUGAGGAUUGUGAGUUCAGGAUGAUGUACAGUGUUAAUUGUCCUCCAUGUUUUUGCUUAUGGUUUUAUUUUGGUUGCAACAAAACAAACUGCCUUUUAUAAAGCUGAAUUGAAACACACCUGUACAUGAGAGCAGCAGGUACUGCGAGAAAAGACAAAUUCACAUCAAAAAUGUUUUUAGUAAUUUAUUUAGUCUCAUUCUCUCAUUGGUUCACAGAACCAGUUUUACAUUAGUCUUAAUGGAGUGAUGAGUACCAUAAAGCCAUUAUACUUGUACACAAAUGACAAAAACCAUACUGUCCAGUUUUUCUGCACCACUUUAAACAUUUCCACAAUGACUCAUAUGCAUUCUUUUUGAAGUGACUCACAUCAAAAGGAGUGUGAGUUCCUGUGAAUUGACUUCACCAGUGCAAGUAAUUCACAAGGCAUAAAUUUCACACAAAAAAACCCAAAAAAAUCACUUCAGCACAUGCAUCCUGGGUUGAGAAAACGCCUGUAACUCUACUUUUCUGCUUCUCUUUGCAUGGCACAGUGAGUGAGUUACAUUGUCAUAAAAACCACUGGCCUGCUGUGGACUGCAAAGGAAGUCUAGUGUAACAGUUUUAGUGGGAAUUUGACUUAAAAGCUCCAGUUUUUCAUUAAAACAGAGAUGCUACUUAAUACUAAGGUUUCACAGAGGAACUACAGGAAACUUCAAAGCUACAUGUUGCAUCCAGCAUAGAACAUAUUUGUCCAUUAAGGCCAUGCAGAAACUAAAACGGCAAACGGUAAUAAAAAGAUCACAUGUAUUGAGGUAAAUGGGCAGAAUAUCUGCUUUAGUACACCAAUAUAUUGAGGAUUAUUCUGGAGUCUGCAUGCAGCUGAGUGUAGAAUACAAAUUUCUGAUACAUAGCCAUCUCAAAAAAUGUACACUGAAAAAUAUGUAGCAUUUCCUUUCUUCGACAGGUUUCAUGUAAAAUUAGUGUCUUCCUAUUGUUUAGAUGGACAACAGUGGUCUUUAGAGAAGCAGAUCUGUCUGCUGUACAGCUGAAUCUUAAAAUAUCAUUGAAAAGUUCCUUUAUUUCAGUAACUCAGUUCAAAAACUGAAAGUCGCAUAGAUAUAUCAAGAGUAUGUUUCUGUUGAUUUUGAUGAUACAGAAAUAAUAUCGUACGACUGAUCCAAGGCCAUUUUUUCAGAUGAAAAUGCUUUUUUUCAUUUAAUUUGAAAUCCAAGCUGCUUAAAGUUCAAUUUUGUCAGUCUUACUUUGGGUUUUUAUUAAACCCAAAGUCAGAGCAGCUGUCUAUUAUGACAUUUUGGAGUGUUUUGGUCUUCUCUCUUUUUAGAUAUUCUUUUCACUUUCUAAAGUGGAUUGCUGAAAUAAAGUUUUAAAUAAUAUUCUACUGUGUGGAGAGGUGCAACUUCCAGUGUAAUUUGGCUAAAAUACUUUAAACAGAAACUAGAGUGACACGUUUCUGCCACCAGAGGUCUCCCAGGUACCUUUACACAGCUACAAAUUGGAGCCAAAAGAUAAAAAAUAGGACUUUUACUUAAACAAAGUCCCUGAUUCAACAAAACAACAAAUGUUGGCUUCUUUUUCCUAAAUCUAUCCACUUUCAGAUUCAUUUCUGAACAAGAUUUUCUGCAGGACAUAAUAUUGGCAACAAAUCCAGAUCAAAAGAGCGACUAUUCCAGUUAUUUAAUCUUUCAAGCCAUCAGUACCACUUUUUAAAAUAUUGUUCUAAAAUAAGAAA